GCACUUCGCGCUUCGCGCAGCGCGAAGCGCGAUGUUGGGAGCCCUUGUUUUCAUCCCUCUCCUGCCGGCGCUGCCAGUGGGCGCCAUGUGGGCCCAGCGGAACGCAGCGCUGCUGGUGGCAGCCCGCCGCGGCGACUGGGAGAAGGUCAAGGGUCUGCUGAGUGAGGGCGCUGGCCUCAGGCUCAACCAGACUGGGAACGGCGGCAUGUCCCUGCUCAUGCUGGCGGCGCGCGCGGGCGCCGCGGACGUGUGCGCGUCGCUGCUGGCCAGCAGGGCCGACCCAGGCUCGCGGGAGGCCGCCUCCGGGAGCACCGCGCUGGUGCUGGCCGCGGGCGCCCCCGAGCGGAAGGCGGCGGCUUGUCGUCGUUUUCGGCGUCCGGGGGCGCUCUCCGGGCUCCGGGGCCGAGCAGGGCGGCGACGUGCCCGCGGUGCUGCGGGCGCUGCUGGGGGCGUCGGCGGACCCGGAGGCGGGGAACAAGGCCCUCGCGGUGAAGGUCGUGAGGCUUCGGGUCGCGCACAGCUGAGCGACGCAGACAAGCGGGUUUGACUGCACCGACAACCGCGCGUAAGUUGCCCGCGUAAGGUCGCGCGUAAGCGCCCCCGUUUUCAACGUAGCGUGCCGCGCUGGUUGCACGCGGAAGCCACCGCGUAGGGUCGCUAUGUCAUCUCGCGUAAGACCCGUUCUUUUUGUCGCUCAGUUGCCUCAGCGGGCUUCCUGCAUAGUCUCACGCGGUCUCAAGCCCUGGCGCCGCCUCCUGCGCCGCCCCUGGGGCGCUCCGCGCCCCAGGAUUGGAGUGUUGUGACCACCCGAGAGUACGUACGCAGCGGGCCCGUUGAGACCAGCCGGGACCAUUUGGAAGGGCUGUCUGUGCGCAACCCGAGGCUUUGUCAAGGAAGAUCUUGAGAUGCGUGCGUUGCGUUUCUGUGCACGACGCGCGUUUUCGCUGGCGGCUUCGGGCCCAGGCGCCAUCAUAUAUCGAUCAGGGUCGAAAAGUGCCGCAGAGUGAUGAGGUCUCUAGACCUACCAUCGUUGUUCUUCGCGAUGUCGCGUCCUUUCGCGACGUCGGAUCUCAGGGGAUCGAGCAGGAAAGGAUACUGCUACGGCUGCUCGUCCAGGAGAGCCGUCGUCGCCAUGGCCAGAUUUGCUUUGGAGUUCUGGUCAGAGCACGGGCCGGUGUUUGCACCUCCUGCUCAGGAAAGGCCCCGAGGACCGAAAACGUUCAUUUCGGAGGUCGAGCCUCCGUUCUGGAAGAACAAGGCUGUUGCAGAGUGGAGGGGCAGGAGCUUCCAGAACGGAAGCCGAGCCUUCAGUUUGGAGGUUUUCGAUCCUUUGGGGGGUCCUGACAGGGAAGCGGUGCCCCAUGUUCCUCGUGGCAGUUCUCGGGCUCCUGGGGGCUCUUCUCUGGGCCACGGGGCAGCGGAGCAACGGCUGUCAGCGUGGAGGGCUCGUCCCGGGGAGAGGCCCAGGGAUGCAGCACCCGCUCCGCUCAGCGCGCGCCUCCCUCCUGCUGAGCUCGGCGGCGCGCCCCCAGGGGGGGAAGAGGGGGGGGGGCGGGCCUCGUCGGAAGGCUCGGAAGGCCUCUGGCCCUCGGGCCCUUCUGGGGAGCUGUCGACGUCAUGGGCCUUCCCCGGGGGCAGGGCUGCUCAGGAGGCUGGACGGCUUCCCAGACGUGCGAUGUCUGGAUCUGAACCGUACGCGGUCCCCGGCAGUCCCGACUCUCUCCUCGGGGCCGGGUCUUCGUUCCCAAUCGUU